AGAUUGAAGGCCUGGUCGGAACUCACCAGCCGCCUGAUCGACAUAAUCGAAGGGCAGCCAUGAGAUGUAGUCUGAGGCUGUUGGCAUCGCCAAUCACCUGGCACAUACUCCGUCCAGGGACUGUUUCCUUUCAGGUUCCGUUUUUUCUUGCUGAAGAUGGGAUUGAAAGUUACGGACCAGCUAUAUUCACCCCCCCAUGAAUCGCCCGUCAACGCAUUUCUGGCACAAGGACACAAUACGACCCGAUAAAGCGUCGUGCUACGAACAGCAGUCUCAUGAAAGAGUAUUACCAUGGAAUGGAGCCAAGAACACCAAGCUUGUCUCGCACUUGUAUUGGUGCCGUCGAGUGGGGAGCCCACUUGUGCGCAUCCGACCCUGGUAUGUUAGCUCAACAAGCCGAAUACAGGAAGAAGGCUCCGUUUCUUGCAGACCAGAACACCGUGUACCCAGACCGUGGGAUCCUCCCGUCCGUAUCACGAACAGGACCCGUUUACCCAGUGGGCGAGGCAAGCUCAACUUGUCAUCCGACCCUGCGGGCCCCCCUCCUUUCCCUUGCACCUCGAGUCUCAAGGAUGGCCUGUUACAACCCCGGUCGAAGAUCCUGGCCCCCAACCGGUGGCCACGCCAUGGUCGCCAGAGGAAACAAACGGGAGACUCGGCCACCUACCCACCCAUCCCAUCACCCGGUGUGCUAGUCAGGGAUGGCACAACGUCAAACGCCACCCUCCCCAGAACCAUCCCAUGCCUGGUCGUCCAAGCGCCCACUUGACAAUCUGCAGUACAUGGGUAGGGACACGCCUCUUCCACACCCUCAUCGUUGCUUGUCCCCACGCAUUCGCACCCCUCCGCUUCCCUCCCUUCCCAAAUUCCCAUCUUGGCUGGGAGGCAACAUGCAACAGCAGUGCG